AUGUUCAGCGCUAUGCCGAUUUCGGUCAACCGUCAAUUAGGUGAAAGCGCUUAUAAACCAGUUCGUGUGCUUCUUCUACGGCUGGAUUCAAACAAGACGCUCAGAAUCGUUCAAGUCUAUGCCCCUACUACGGCCAGUGAUGACGACGAAGUUGAAGAAUUCUAUGCGGAGCUCGAAUCAACUCUCACCAUCAAGUCUAUCUAUACGAGGGUGAUGGGCGACAUCAACGCAAAACUUGGUCAAGGUGGGAAAGCCGGAGAGAAGCACAUUGGCAGAUUCGGUAUAGGAAAGCGAACCAACAGGAGUGAGAGAAUGGUAUCGAUGACAGAAUCCGACAAACUGUUCGUUGGUAGCACCUGGUUCCGGAAGAAAGUUGGACGCAGAUGGACAUGGAUUACACCAAACGCAGUAGCGAAAAACGAAAUCGACUAUAAUUUGGUCGAUAGACAGUGCAUCUUGAAGCCGUAA